UUAUCCCCAACAAGAGCUUUGUGUUCUUUGAAAUUAACUCUCUUCUAAUUGUAAUCCAUAUUUGUGUAAUGUGACUCUUGUACUUUGGUGCACGUACUGGUUUUGAUAAAUGCUUAACUCAUACGGCCUAGUACUAUGCCUGAAAUGCGUGUACCACUAAAGGUGUGGAUAUUAAGGUCCACACCCCACCUGGUGAUCCUUAUUCUGUUGGUAUUUUUAUUGUUAGAAGUGUCCUCAGCUUGAAUGCCAUUGUCAUGAGGAUCGCCUAUGCCCAAAUAAGGUAAAUAACUGGUGAUCACUAAACACUAGAUGUCAAUUCUGUAAAACGGAUGUGACUCAUUGGGGCGUGGUAUUGAAGCCACCCUGCAGCCAUUUGGGUUCUAUAUUCUGUUGUGUUUGCAUCUGUUUAAUAUUAAGUUGUGGAAAUUAAUUUGUAUGAAAUCUCUGCCGUGUGUGCUUCUACCCAUACUUUAAUGUAUGUGUAGAUCACUCAUCAGUCGAGGGGAAUGCGCAGAGAUUGGUACCCAGAUAAGAUGAACACUACUAUCGGUUUUUGCACGCUGGAAAAAACACCUAACAACUGCCUGUUAAAUUAAAGGAAUUAUCACAGUACAACAGCAUCAUUGCAACAAGGAGUUCAAAUCCGGGUAGCAGCAUAUACGGAAAAUGACCAGGAGUCUCACACUGGGUGACGUAAACUGGCUCAGCAACAUGUGUAAUAUUUGACCAACAACAAGGGAUUCAAUGGAUUCCGCAAUUCCUAUGAGAAAAUGGACAAAGGAGGAAGUUCAUAACUGGUUGACGACACAGGUUAACAUUAAUCAAAUAUAUGCAGACAAGCUGCUUGAAGAGGAAGUGUCUGGUGAAUACCUGGAAGAUUUCCAAAAGGAUGAUCUUUUGGAUCUGAAAAUAAAACAUGGCCCUGCGGUUAAAAUUAUAUCCAUGGUAGAGAACCUAAGGAGUGGAUCUCAGCCUAAAUCAGUGUUUCCCACAUACAUCAAUAAAUGGACAAAAGAACAAGUUCGUCAGUGGUUAAAGCAAGUAAAUGCAAACCACAAAGCUGCAGAGCUACUUUUGGAAGAAGAAGUAUCAGGCGAUUGCCUAUUUUUCUUUAAAAAGGAGGAUCUUGUAAAUCUAAAGAUAAAACAUGGUGCUUCUGUAAAUAUAAUUACCUUGUUGAAAAACCUGAACAAUCAACCAGAGCCUGUCUUACAUCCUGCUUCCAGUAUCAAGGUUGACCAAGGACAACCACCUUUGAAACAACAUCUCUGUCCACCUCAGACUGUAUCAAAAACAAGUCAGCCAAACAAAUGGGAAUUAACUGGCACAGCAGUUCCACCUAAAAUUGAAGAACCAACACAACAUCCAUCGGCCCUGGGGGAUAACAUUUUACCGUCCAAGAUCUUAAGCAUGCCGAGUUCACUCACCUUACUCCAGAACACACUUGACGACUUACAGCAGAAAGAGUUCAAAAGAUUUAAAUCUUGUCUAAAAGACUCAAAAGUGAAGACAUAUAAACCAAUUGCACAAAGUCACUUGGAAGACCACAAGUGCCGUACAGAUAUUGCAGACUUGAUGAUAAAGCACUAUGGGAAGGAAGAUGCAUUAAAUGUCACACUUGAGAUUCUAGGUAGACUCCAAGAAAAUGCACUGGCCAGCCGCCUCAGAAGUGAUAUGGGUCUACAAACAAUGACACGAAAGGAUGCCAAAAAGGAUUUGUGGAUAGAGACCAAUCAGGGGAAUAAAUUGAAGAACUUGUUAACUUGUGGAGGAAAUAAUUUGGAGUAUUAUGAUCGAUUUGUUGUUGUUAUGAACAAGAGUUCUAUUGAACAGCUAGAAUAUCUCCAGUUUUUGAGCAAACUGAAUUUGUUCUGUGUACUAGACUUUGAUCCUAACUCUGCAGUUGAAGGUGUAUGUAGAUCAUACAGCAAAUCAAGAGUGGCAAAUCUCCAUGCCCCAGCCAAUUUCCAUGGUGACCAAGAUGUUGUAAUAAAAAAUCUCAACCUGUAUAAGCAGACCAGCUGGGUAUUCUGCAACGGGCGGCAUGACCUUGACAAUGAAUCUGGAAGACAGCUGGAAUACAAAGACUGGUUCAGAGAAAAACGCAGAGAAAUAGAGCAGAUGGUUUCAUUCAUUUGCAAUCCUGAGGUUCUUCCAAAUGGAAGAGCUCUUGUUAUAUUUCUUCUUCUCUCACCUGUAACUAAUAGAGAUCCUGUCUUUGAUACCUUCCUGGCAUUCUACUCACAUGUUGAAGAUAUUGUGAGUAUUUGUGAAUCUAGGACCACAUUUGAAAAAUGGAAAGACAUGAUAAAGGAGAAAUGUGAGUCUGACAUUACCAGACAAUCAAUAUUUGAGUUAACGCUGAGUGAAGUCAAUGGUACUAUAAUGGCACUUGGACCACACAAUCAGUUAUCUGGAAGACUCCUUCCAUCUUCUGAUUGCAGUAUUGUUGUUCUCCAACAAAAGGAUGAAGAUCGUAUGACAGCUCUAGAUAUUUUGAGUCAGAAUCAAUGUGAGAAAGUCUAUGAUGAACAUAGCACUGAGUUUCAGGCCUUCAAAAUCAAAGUUGAAGAGGAAUUCUACAGAGGUGGUAAAGUCAUCUGGUGGAACUUUUACUUUUGUGAAAAACCCAAAGCGAAGCCUUUCAUUCGAAGGGAAAAAUAUGACAAUCUAAAACAAACUAUAAUUAAAUCUCCAGAUUCUAAAUCCACAUGUACUUUGCUGAAUUUGUUUCACCACCCAGGUUGCGGGGCCACAACAUUAGCCAUGCAUGUGAUGUGGGAUUUACGCAGAGAUUUCAGAUGUGCUGUGUUGAAGGACCAUACAUUACCAGAAUCUGUAGUGGCUGUUCAAGUGAAACACCUAAUGAGACUUGGGAGCAAGAAAUGUACACCAGUUCUACUGUUAGUAGAUGACUCAAAGGAAGAGAGCACACAAACUCUCCAACACUGCAUCCGACAAGCUAUGGAUGAAGAAAAUACAAGCAGAACAGUGGAAGAUUCAUCAAACUCAAAAGUCCUUAUUAUGAGUUGUGUCCGUUGCCAUAAUCCCGAGGACCAGUACAAACACUGCCCAACAAACAAACAGUACAUCACUGCAAAAUUGACACAAAAUGAGCAAGAUGAUUUUGAGGAAAAACUAGUGGAACUUAAAGAAAAUCAUGAAAAACCUGAAAACUUCUACAGUUUCAUGAUUAUGAAGAGUAACUUUGACCAGAAAUACAUAGCUGAUGUUGUGGGCAACACUCUGAAGGACUUUGACAUGAGAACAAAGAAAGCUCAACUCCUUGCAUUCUUAGCAUUGUUGAAUUCAUAUGAUGCUGAAUCAGACAUCUCUAUGUCUCUCUGUGAGGAUUUUUUAGGUCUGAAAGGUCUGAGAAAAACUUUCUGGGAACAAGUACUUGUACUUGACAAAAUGGAGCCAUACUCAAAUUUGCUACGAAAAGUGAAUAUUGAAGAACGUGGAGGAUACAAAGGAAUUCGAAUCCUUCAUCAUGAUAUAGCCUCUGCUUGUCUUGAAGAGUUGGACAGAAAUUACAAAAUUAAGCGGAGUGGAAUUACUUUGGACAUGCUGCACUGUGAUUUAUUGUUUAAGACCAGUGCAGUAAAAGAUGCCCUCAUGCAAUCUAUUCAUCGCAUGCUGGUUGAAAGGCAGCGCAAAAAAGUGGGACUGACAUAUUUCUCUCCAUUGAUAGAAAUAAUUCACAGCCAAGAGGGAGGACAAACAAUUACAGAUAUCUUUGUGAAAGCCUCUUCUCGGUUUGUUAAAAGGGCAUCUAUUCCUCAAGCUCUUUCAAGGUAUCUUUACCUCUAUGAGCAAGAUUUUCCCCAGGCAUUGCAAUGGGCAGAAAAGGCCAAGAGAGUAACAGAAAACUCCUACACAGCUGAUACAGUUGGACAGGUUCACAAAAGUAAUCUUAAACAUAAUAUUGAAAAACAAAAGGCUCCACCCAGGCCAGACGACUUUGAGACUAACCUCAAAAUAGCACAAAAUGCCAUCAAGGCUUUUCAGAAGGCUCAAAACCUGGCCAUGAACAAUGAAACAGAAGAUGAAACUGAUGAAAAUCUCACAAAAACACCCUGUAACACCUCUGGUUAUAUAGGAGAGAUGGAAACUACACUGACUGUCUUUGAAAUGAUAGGCAAACUGCCAUUUUUUGAAGUUACUGAUCCAGUUAAAAAGAUGUACAUGCAGAGCUUUCUAAAAGGAACAAUACCCAUCACACAUGUGCCUAAAGAAGAAAAUGACAUCCACAGUAAAUAUGUUGAAGUUAUUGAAGAACAUUCAACAUUUCUCCUUGCUUUGAAACCUCAAGUCAAGAAAGUCUUUGAAUUUUUCAAUGGUUAUUUCACAUACGUAAAAGGAAACAAUACAGAAAAGGAGGAAGCACUGAAUCAGAGGAAAAUCUCACAGCAUUUCACCAGGUACGUAUCACUUGUUUGCUCUUUACCAGAGGAAAUAUCAAAAGAACGAGCAAGCAAACCUGAACUCAAGUUAAACAUGGAUAUUGAAAACCACAGGAAAUUUCUUGAGGAAAGUAAUGCAGACACUUUCGCAGGGAUCCUUGCUAAGUUGCAUCUAGGAACUCUUGAAAAAAUUGGCAACACGGCAGAGGAGAUGAACAAAAUCACAGAGUCCUACACAUUCUUGCACAAUAAUUCUGUCCAAAUUAGAAAAGAAGAAACCAAUUUCAUUUUGGCAAGUAUAAUUCUCCACACACUAUAUCCAAAAUCUAAACACGUAAAGAAGCUUGAGGAGCUCAGCGAUAUUCUCAUGAAAACCUUGCAAGACAUCGGGGUUCAAAGUCCGUUCCCAGAACCAUACUACCUUGCAAUGCUGUUGCUUUGGCCAAGGUCAAAUACAGAGGACACCGAUAUAAAGACGUAUGUGAACUCACUUCGAAAAGCAUGCCGCAAGGGACUGCCCUAUUUGUUCAGGAGGAGCAGCACCAUCACUCACUUCUAUUUGGGUCCAAAGAAAGGAUUACAAAGACUUGUAACUAAACCCAAACUUGAUGAGUGUUUUGCCGGCUUACAACGGUCUGACUUAGCCCAACUUUGGCGGAGUGGAAACAUAUUUAAGGAGAAGGAAAUUAUUGACCGUCUCUAUAGGGUCAAUGGAACAGUAGAGCAAUCAGAACUAUAUGCAAAGUAUGGCCAACUUAAAAUCCCAGUGCGUCCAGCCUAUAUAGGAGCAAUAAGAAGUGGUUACAGUGCAGAAAACGUGUCCUUCUUCUUAGGAUUUGCCAUAGAUGGACCACUUGCAUACAAUAUCAGGUAUGAAAAUGAACCAGUUUCACCAGUGAACUGCUGAAACAUUCAAUAGGCAAUGAGACACCCCCCCAUAAUUUAGGACACUGGGGGAAGUAAGGAUGAACCGAUCUAAUAAAUGUGACACUUUAAUGAAUUAUUGAACUCUUAGCUUCCUGACUUCCAUGCUUCCAUGGGACAACCAAAUUGUAAAUAGUUUCAUCCAAAAAUACUGACCUUAGAGAAUGGCACAACUGUUGGACCUGGAUGGACUAAUCAGUGGUCUGUAACUGUAACUUCACAGGAAGAAGUCCUAGAACAGUUACCAAAAGGUCACAUGGAGAUGUGCAGAGAACACAUGCAAAAGAAGACAAUAUGUUAGGGUAGUGAUUGUUAACCAGACACCAGAUGGAAACAAAACUGACAUGAAAAUUGAAUACAGAGAACAAACCAACUCAAAUGAAGGAACCACUUGUCACAACACAUUUUUUCUGCAUAGAAGAUUGUACCUGACCUGUGUGAGCUUAAGGGCAAGAAAUACCUUGAAGUGGUGAGCUGACACACCGUAACUGAAUAACUGUGUCUAAUCAAGACACUUCCGUCAAGACACUUAAACUGAUACAUAGACAACAAGGAAGAUGGAUGUUUUACUCUUAAUCAUGGGUAAAAUUUGUUAGAGGCUGUGGAUUGUUUAAUUGUUUUCCUAUCAUUAUGGAUGUUUACAUAAUUUUUUGAGAGAAACCAGGAAUGUAAAUGCUGUAAUGAAAACCAGAAAUUCUGGAAAAUGAAUGUCAUGUGUAGUAAGUCAUUCUGAAAAUAGAAAAUAAGGAAGUACUGUGUGCCAAGUUAAACAAAUAUGACAUGUUUUCUUUAUGCUGCAAGCAAGACUGUAUAUACUGAACACUGCAGUUCAUUAAAAAUAUCUCCAUUGACCAAAUCUUGUAUAUGUUAUAAAACUUACUUAUUUUUAAUGGUAAUUAAUUAUAAAUGACUGAACAACUGUGCAAUUAUUGCAUAUAUAAUGAGCAUAUUUUAUUAAGACACUGAUACUUAUAACAUGACUGUGAUCAUAUCACAGUCAACAAGUCCAGUUAUACAGGUAAAGAUAUUCUGUAUUUACAAAAGCAAUAAUGGGACUAACUUCUUUAUUCAGACUGUUUGAUUUUUAUGUGAUUUUUUGUUUACUCUUACAAUGACAAUGAAAUAGAUGACUAUCUGGGUUUUAUCUGAGUGACUAUCUGGGUUAGAGUCUCUUGUAGUUGAAGAAACAUCCAAAGAGAUGAUAGAAAUUAGGGGAUAAAUGAUUAUAUCAUGCAAGAUACCAGGAAUGUUAUAUGCUACAAUGAAGAUGGACUGUCAAGACAAUUGGAGUACUCCGGAUUUCCAGAAUACAGGAAAAUAUGUGUGAUUUUUGUGAAUUUAGGUGUAAAAAUCGGUGUGACUUUUGUGAAUUUAGGUGUGAAUAUUGGUGUGACUUUUUGAGUACUGUAGCAUUGUGUACAUUGAUGGGUUGUGCAAGCUAUGUGACAAAAAUAAAAAAUGACUUACAGCAAUUUGUUAAACACAGACUGUAUAUACUGAACACAGUAGUUAAUUAAAAAAUAUCUCCAUUGCCAGAUAUUGACGUGUUGUAAAAUGUUAGUAAUUUGUAAGGUAAUGGUAAUGUAUGAUAAUGAUAAAUUACGGAUGACAACUGUUUAUAACAUACCCUGAUGAAGACAGCGUGUCUGUCGAAAUGUUGGUCUUAUUAAUUUUUUUUUAAUAUGCAUUUGAGUUUAGUGUGCAGCUUUUUCAUUCAUUUUGUUUCCAACUGUAUAUAACUAACAUAUUGUAUUGAUAGGGCAAUACAUUCAACAUAUACAGAAAAAGAUUUUACAGCAUAAUUAUUAACAUUAAUAAAGUUACAUAUUUUUCCAUUCAAGAUGCUGUUAUUGAACUGCAUGUUCAGUAAAAAAUGAAUAUGGACCAUAAUAAAUUUGAAGGUUGUAACUAAUGUUAUUCCAAAAAAUAAAUGUUACAUGUACAAUUAUA